UACUGUUGAUACUGUAGUUUGGAGUCAUCAAGACUCAGAAGUGAAAAUAGCAGCGAACAUACAUAGCUCUGUAACAGUUUUUGAAUUUCCAUUCCAUUAUUUCAUGACUUGUACAUUUGUGUAAAUAGAUUAUUUCUAUUUUUUAUAACCAGACAACAACAGGAUGGAACUUAAUUCCCUUUUAAUUCUGCUGGAGGCUGCAGAGUACUUGGAAAGAAGAGACAGAGAGGCAGAACACGGUUAUGCGUCUGUUUUACCGUACAGUAGCGACUUUUCAAGAAAGAAAACGAAAGCCUCGCCAAUUUCCAGAAAAACUCAGAACAAUAGGUCGUCGCACAACGAGCUGGAGAAACACAGACGUGCCAAAUUACGGCUGUACUUGGAGCAGUUGAAGAAGCUGGUGCCUUUGGGUCCAGACAGCACGAGACACACCACACUGAGCCUGCUGAAAAGGGCCAAGAUGCACAUCAAGAAGCUGGAGGAGCAGGACAGGAAGGCUUUGAAUGUGAAGGAGCAGCUGCAGAGAGAGCACCGCUACCUCAAACGCCGCCUGGAGCAGCUCUCUGUGUCGGGGUCCGUUGAGCGCAUUCGCACUGACAGCAUGGGCUCCACCAUCUCCACCGACUCUGAGCAAGAGGUGGACAUUGAGGGCAUGGAGUUCACCCCUGGCGAGGGGGACAGCGUGGACAGCAUCAGUGACGGCGAGGAGGAGGACCACUACAGCCUCCAGAGCAGCUCCAGCGACACCAGCUACACAGCCACACAUUCCCACAGACUGCAGCCGCACCACUGUUAGACACCGAGCGACCAUCCAUUUCCCAACCGGCUUCCUCACCCAUGCUUUCCUCGCCUCACCCUACCUUCCCUGAUCAUUUGCUAUCGCCAGCGCCGCCCACUACCUACAUCAGACCUGUCCACAACGGCGGUACACCAUGAACCAGUUCCUCCUUUCCUGGCCCCGGGUCUCCAGGAAGCACAUGGGGCUGAAAUGCCACUCAAGCCUUCCUGACCCCCCUGACCACUCACCCUACCUCACCCUACUGUUUCCUGCCUGACCCUGCCCCUCCUGACAUGCCCUGCCCUCACAACCCCUACGUAGUGUUGCCGCAGGCUCAGAGAGCGCAGAGCAAAGUUUGUGGUUUUUAUUGGGGACUUCUGUAGUGUGGUGGACAGCUUUGACUUGUUAAUCGGGAUUCUGUAAUGUUUGUGUUUCUGUGUGUGUGUGUGUGUGUAGGAGAGAAAAACCAAGCAAGGGAGUCUAAGAGAGGUCAAAAUAUAAGCUUCGUGUCAUCUUCAUGUGGCAAUAAUACACAGACACGGCCUUGCACUAAGUUUGUGAUGUUAGAGCAGGUAGAGCACUUCUGUUUGUUCUGCAAUAUAUGCAACACUGGGACCUUGAAAGUUAUUUUCAUCAUACAGCAUCUCUUUUACACAAUAAGAUUUACAGGAGUAGCUAUUGCAGAUUUCCUGCUUGUUCCUUGAAACGUUUGAUUGCUGAAAAGUGGGCCGAGCUUAAAGGAAUAGUUCGACAUAUUUGGGGAAUUCGCUUGUGCUUUUUCUUGCCCAGAGUGAGAUGAGGAGAUUGUUACCUGACUCAUUUCUGGAGAGAGAGCGGCAUCAGUCUUCUCAUCUCACUCUGGCCAAGAAUGAAAAUAAAUGAGUCUGUCCCAAAAUGUGGACAUGUUCAGUUAACUUUUCCACUUUUUAGCAUACGUACUUCUGCAGCUGCGUUCACCAAAGAUGGGACCUUUUCAGUAGCUACUCUUGUACAUAAUUACAUCUUCACCACCAAACAGGGCCAGUUUUUGGCUAAAGACAAACUGGAAAAGUGACAGAGCUGUAGCAGAGAAGAAAGAAUGUAAAUAGAUGUACAGUUACUGUCCAGACCCUCAUGUCUCCCUCUGGUUGGGUUACCUAACCACUACUCCACACUACUGACCACUACACUAUACCACCCUAUGGUGUGGAUGGACUACUAUAACAUGAAAAAAAAAAAAAAAAAGGAACUGCCUCAAAACUAAAACGCUAUUCCUUAAAGAUUGAUCUAAAUCUUCUGUCUCAGUAGCUAAUUGAUGUAGCAAUAAAUACAAGAGGCGGGUGCUUCCUCGGAGAGUGUAAAUGACUCUGAUGGACCAUGAGGUGUUACGGAAGACUUUUUCCUUUUUUUUUUAACCCUGUAGAUGGCAAAUGGGCAAUUACAGAGGGUUUACAUGCGGAAAAAGGGGCACUCUUCCUUUUUCUUUUUCACUAAUGGAUCCUUCUCUAUUCCCCAGCGCCAUCUACCCUCAAUUUGAAUUUCUCUAUAGCUCUGUUACUUUUCCAAGCAGUGUUCAUGUGUGUGUGUGGGAUUUGUUUUUUGUGUUGUUGCUCUGAUGAACAAGUCAAAGCUGUAAAUGUGGAAAAGAAAAAAAUGUAAGAAAAAAAAAAGGGCCAGCUCUAAUGAUUUGUUCUCCGUAGAGGCACUCUUUUUAGCUAUCGUAGAAAACUAAUCACAUUCAGUUUUUUUUUUUUUUUCAUUUCUCUAACAAAACUAAUGAUCUUAUUUUCUCUCCAUGCUAAAUAUUACGGAUUUCUGGAGCUUCUGUUCACUGAUGAAGGCCAAUGUAUUUGAAAUACUUCUCUAACUUGUCUAUAACUUAUGCACAAUAGUCACUAUCGACAGAGGAGGUGCUUGUGUUGCUCUCUGACCAUUUUAAUAAUCAUUAGGCCUCAGUCUCUGGCAGUCUUUAGAGCUUGGCGUCCCAACACUUCAAAAACAAAAAGGGCCGAUCCACCAUGGCAGGUCUGACCAAAAAAAAAUUUUAAAACUACAAAAGACUCAAAUGAAAACAAAAAAAUUUGCAUACAAAAGAAGCUACUUGUCACUAAAAGUGAUACUAGCCAGUGUAGUCUAUAUUUCUUGUAUUAAAUUUUGUAUUAUAUUUUCCUAAAUGUUCUCUUGUAAUGAAAAGACAAAAAAGAGUGACUAUAUCUAUAUAAAUAUAUAUAUAUAAAAAUCUGUGAGAGAGAGACAGACAGACAGGAGGCCAGGCUUGUUGAAGGAGAGUGGGGGCAGGGGAGCUGAUACACUGGCCCCUCUCCCUUGGGUGACUCCCCUGCUGUCAUUCUGUGCCUUGGUGAGCCUUCAACCUCCCUCAUCGUCCUCCUCCUCCUCCUCCUCCUCCUCUUCGUCCUCCUCCCACCUCCCUAACCUGCGGUCCCUGCUCAGGUCACAAUCCCCUCCUCUUAAUCUCAUCCUCCGUCUUCUUCUUCUGCUGUGGCAGGGCUGAAAGCUUUGAUUUCAACCCUUACCAUGCCAAAACAUUUUCCACAAGCAAGGGGCACGUGAAGAGAAGACUGCAUUAUGAAUAAAGGAAAAAAAAGAAAGAGAAAAGCCCCAUUUGGUCUCUACUGAGAAGCCGCUGUUGUACUACACCCUGUCCAGGCACUCCCCACCCUCCAACCAUCUGCCAGUGCCGCCUCUGUCACGGAAAAAAAAAAACA